AUGUCGCUCUUCUCACUCCUCAACCCAGCAAACAUCAUCCCCCGCUUCCCGCCGUAUCCCGGCCCCUACGCCGUCGGCUCCUUCGAGGUCGAGAUCCCCGUGGCGUCGCUGGGCGCCAUGACCGGCGUCGCCGAGACCGUCCAGUUCCGCGUCUUCUACCCGACCGAGAAGCCGGCCGAGAGGCCCAUAUCGGCGCAGCCGGCGAGCAGCUGGUGGGGCAGCAAGUGCGAUAAGAAGACCGCCACCGCCGCUGUGGACCCAGCAGCGCAGGAGGAGAAACUCUCAGAGCCGGUGAACCCAGCGACGGGCGGUGCGAAGCCGGUGAGAUGGCUGCCGGAGCCGCAUCAGAGGGAGUAUCUCAGCGCCUAUGCACGCUUCCUCGGCGCCAGCUCCGGCUUUGCAGAGAUUGUGUCAUACGGCGGCCGACUGCUGCACUACAUCACCCUCCCCGUGAUCGCCGAUGCCCCGCUGCUCGCAAAACCACUGGACCACCGCUUCCCAACCAUGCUCUUCUCCCACGGCCUCGGCGGCACGCGCCUAGCCUACUCCCACAUCUGCGGGUCACUGGCCUCGUACGGCAUCGUGGUCGUCGCGCCCGAACACCGCGACGGCAGCGCCCCCGUCAGCUUCGUCAAGUCGCCCGGCGCACCCGAAGCCGAGCUCUCCGGCAGCAAGCCCGAGAGCGGCGAGCCGGGGAUCAACGACACCGCCAACACCCCGCCGAAGGAUGCGAAUGGCAGGUCCCAGGUGGACUACAUCACGCACCCCCACCACCCCUCGGAAGAGACCGCGAGCGGGCGCAACGCCCAGCUCGAGAUCCGCAUGCGCGAGGUCAGCCUGAUCUACACGGCGCUGUGCAAGCUCGACCGCGGCAUCCUGCCGGCACACUGCAGCAUCUCCACCGCCGGCGACGCCGGGAGGGACCUCCUCGGAACGUUUAAAGACCGCCUCGACAUCCGCACGCCCGGCCGCCUCAUCUGGGCCGGCCACUCGUUCGGCGCAUCGACAAUGUUCCAGCUCAUCAAGACCGUCGCCACCCCGCCCUCCACAAACCCCGACUUUGCCCCCCUCUUCACACCGCCGCCCGCCGACGACGACGUCCUCCCGCUGAAGGCCCAGAUCACGCCCGACUCGCCCCUCAUGCUCUUGGACCUCUGGUGUCUGCCGCUGCUCGGAAAACGCACCAGCGCCCUCUUCAAGCACCCGCUCCCGCAGAUCGCAGCGGAUAAGGGCCGCAACGUCCUCGUCGUCAUGUCCGAGGAGUUCUGGAAAUGGAAAGAGAACCUCAAUGGCGUGCGGCGCGUGCUCUCGCAUGAUCCGGGCCGCAGGCGCGGGACAGAGCACCAUAAGUGGUUCGAGCAGUGGGACGAGCACCUCGCGUCGUUGGAGUCGGCGUCGCUGGAGGUCGGCGGCCAGAUUGUGGCGCCGCAGGGCGUGACGCCGACGCCGACGAGGCCGGCGAGUGUGGCCGGGAGGGAGCAGCCGAGGUUCUUUUACGCGCUGAGGAGCGCGCAUUUGUCGCAGAGUGAUUUUGGCGUGCUGUUUCCGAGGGCGAUUAGGAAGGCGGAGGGGCCGGAGAGGAUAUUGGAGCUGAAUGUGAGGGCCGCGGUGCAGUGGUUGAGGGAUGCGGGGUAUGCGGGGGUGUUGGGCGGGUAUGAAGAGGAGAUGGGUACGGAUGAAGCGAUUUUUGAGGGUGAGGUGGAGGGGUGGGCGAGGAUUGGGUUGGAGGAGGUGGAGGCGGCAGUGGACGGGGUGCAGGAGGGGGUGGUGGAGGGGAAGGACUAG